AUGUCGCGCGUCACCCUGAUACCGAAGCUGGAGGCGGUGACGGUUUACGGUGACCGCGCUCAGCUGACCUUCUCUGCGCCAGUGGCGCUCAAGCCCUCCGCGAGCAUUGUGGCGGUUGUGGAAAACAUUGAGCAAUGGGGCGAUGUGGACUGGGCCACGCUCCAGGUGCGCAUUGGCGAGGCGACGGACCCUACUGUGGCUGCUGCGGUGCUGCUGCAGAAUAUCAGCCCCGUGCGUGAGACGGUGAGGCAGGACGUGCGCGCGGAUGUGCAGCGGCAGAAAGACGUGAUCAAGCGGAUCGAGGAGGAGCAGUGCGCGUGCGAGGAAGGCAUUGCCGCACUGGAGGAGUCGUGCAAGCACCUUGAGCGGAUCAAGAGCUUUGUAAACUCCGCGGGCCGCGGCGACUGCGCUGUGCCGCCAGAGAGCGCGGGGCACCUGCAGGCGUACAUGCAGGACCCUGUGAAGUGGGGCGCGAUGGCGUCAUUCUUUGCGACGCGGCGUGCCGCGGCGCAGCGCGGGCUCGUGGAGCUGAAGACGAAGUUGGCGGAUGUGGAGAAGCGACUGGAGGACGCGCAGCAGCGGCUGAGUGACCUCGGCGGGGACAGCGGCGUUCGACUGCACACAAAGAGCGCGCUGGAGGCGACGCUUGUGGUGGGUGCGGGUGUCGCUAGCGGGACGAAGGUGGUGGUAGAGCUGUCGUGCGUUGUGAGCGGCGCGGGGUGGUCGCCACUGUACGACCUGCGCGUGAACUACGCGGAGUCGAAGCUGGAGGUGCUCUACUCCGCGAACGUGCACCAAUGCACAUCGCUAGACUGGGAAAAGGUGCGACUGCGACUGAGCACUGCAACGCUGCAUGCUGGCGCGUCGCCGCCGCCGCUGUGGCCGCGCUGGUCGAUCUCGACGCGGCCGCCGGCGCCCGCGAUGGGCGCGGUGCGCGGUGGGCCUAUGGCGCGCAGGAGGAUGGGCGCGAAUUUGAUGUUGUUAACUGCGGCGAGUAUGGAUAGCUGCGCUGCUCCUGUCGCGCCGGUGGUGGAGGCGGCGUGUGUGGUGGGCUGCGGGUCGUCGUCGAAUGCGACGGUGUACGCGAUUCCGGGUCUUGCGACGGUGCGGCACAACAACGCGGACGUGAAGGUGACCGUGGCGCGUGAAACGUUUCCUGCGCGGCUGCGUUUUGUGUGCGUACCGAAGGUGGACCCGCUGGUGCAUCUGAGCGCGACUGCUGUGAACGCGACGGACUACGAGUUCAUUGCGGGCCCAUCGAAGGUGUUCUACGGCAACACAUUUGUGAACCAGUCGCAGCUGGGGCACGUGUCGCCUGGCGAGGAGUUCGAGGUGUCGCUUGGGACGGACGAGACCGUAAAGGUAAGCCGGACGCUUGUGCGGCGUGCGGAGUCGGAGAAGACGUCCGUGUUCUCGAGCACAAAGUCGCAGCUGAGGUACCACUACGCGUACACAGUGGAGUGCUUCGCACUGCCGAGCGGUGUACCAGUGACGGUUGUGGUGAAGGACAACUACCCCGUCUCGGAGGACGCGGAUGUCGAUGUGGUGCUCGAGCAGCCGACGGCCACAGCGGCUGGUGAGAACCUGUGCUCUGUUAAGGGAGAGACGGUGACGGUGGAUGAGGACACGCACGAAGUGGCGUGGUCCUUCUCGAUGGCGAAGCAUGAGAAGAGGAACUUUGACAUGGUAUUCGUGGCAAGGCACCCAGUGAAGACGCCGGUCUUUGGACUGAAGUGA